CUUUUUGACUUCCCUGGAGUCGACUGUAGACCGAUACCUCAAGACGCGUCUGCCGCACCGAGACGAAACAAAACCUGCGCUCAGGAAUGGACGGAACCAACGCCUGCUGGAAGGAAAGGACGACAACAUGAAAAACCAACGCUGAUCACAGAGGAUUUGUUUUAUUAUUGAAUUUUCUUUUCACAUUUCUCUCUAUGCAUCUGUCAGCUUUACUCCAGCUUAUGUGGCUGAAUGCUGCGUCAUCCCAAAACAUAGGCGGGCAGACAGAAACAGGACAAUGUGGACUGACCAAGAGAGUCAGAACUCAUGCAAACAGAUGAGUCACAUAUGAGUGACAGAUGAUGUAACAAAUGGCUCAAGUAGUCCUCUAACAGACCAUGAAGUGAAAUGGACCAACAGAAAGAGGGAGAGUGAUUUCUUCCAAGCUCUUGACUCAUUCAUUUUUGCUGCCAAUGAGAAAAUAAGUCACAGUCUCAGGCAGCUAAGAGGCAAUGACCUAAUUCAGAAUAAAUAACCUCACACUGAUAAGUAGCCACCUCCUUGCUGGGUAAUGGAAUAUAAUCACAAAUGCACUCUUAUUGUUGAGGCUGGAGUGUGUGAAGUUACAUGAGAUUUCUGUUUGUGUGAGUUUUGAUGUUUCAUGCAGAAAUGUUGCGGCGUGGACUUCUAACCUGGGUGUCCCGAGUUGGGGGCAUACUGGUAAUCCUCUGCUGCUCCUUGUCACUCCUUUAUGUAAUGACAUGCAGCCCUCCUCACUCUGACGAUCCUUCAUUGAGUCAUGUAUUACCCCAUGUUGGAUCCAACCACCCCAGCUUAGGAGGUACAGGGCCAGUAAUCAGAGCAGGGGCUGGUGGGGCAGGAGGAGCUGGAGCUGCUGCCCAAAGCAGUGGCCCAGCAGGAGCCCACACUUACCAGGUGCUCCUUGAAGAACGAGAGGAGCAGCACCGUCUCUACAUCUCAUCCUUAAAGAAGGAGAUAGCUCAGCUUAAGGAGGACUUGCAGGAGCGCAGCCAGCAGUUAAAAAGAGUCCAGGAAAGCCUCAAAAGAGUUUCUGGGGGGCUGGGUGAAGGGCAGGAAAGGGGUGCUGAAUUGCAGGGAGGUGUCCUUGGAGAAGUUCAGGGGUCCAAGAGUCAGCAAUCUGACCUCCAGGAGUUCCUGAAGAGCCAGCUGACAAAGGCUGAGGUCAAUAAUGGCAUCAGGUUGCCCAGUGAGUAUGCUGUGGUGCCUUUUGAGAGCUUCACUCUGCAAAGGGUAUACCAACUGGAGAUGGGGCUCACGCGUCAUCCUGAGGAGAAGCCUGUGAGGAAGGACAAAAGAGAUGAGUUGGGGGAGGUUCUGGAGAUUGCUCUGCACAGCCUCAACGCACCCUCGUCCCAGCAAGACAGCAAAGCUGCAGCAAAAAAGACUCAAACAAGCAAAGUCUACACACCGUCUGACUUCAUAGAAGGUAUCACCCGCACAGAGAAAGAUAAAGGGACGCUGUAUGAGCUGACCUUCAGAGGGGAGUCAAAUAAAGAAUUCAGGCGCCUUGUCCUCUUCCGGCCCUUCGGACCCCUGAUGAAGGUGAAAAACGAGAGGGUGGACACAAUCAAUGUCCUGAUCAACAUCAUCGUCCCACUGUCCAAACGCACAGACAAGUUCAAACAGUUCAUGCACAACUUCAGGGAAGUCUGUGUGCGUCAAGACAGCCGGGUACAUCUGACGGUGGUAUAUUUCGGGAAGGAGCAGAUGGAUGAAGUCCGCAAUACUCUGGAGAACACAUCCAGGGAGGUAAAUUUUAAGAACUACACACUGCUGCAGCUGGAUGAGGAGUUUUCUCGGGGACGGGGUCUCGAUGUCGGGGCUCGAGCUUGGAAGGGAGGCAACGUACUGCUUUUCUUCUGUGACGUGGAUAUCUACUUCACCGCUGACUUCCUCAACACCUGCCGACUCAACACACAACCUGGUAAAAAGGUGUUCUACCCAGUGUUAUUCAGCCAGUACAACCCCACCCUGAUCUAUGGAAGUCCUGAGCACAUCCCACCUGUGGAGCAGCAACUGGUGAUCAAGAAAGACACAGGUUUCUGGAGGGAUUUUGGUUUUGGCAUGACCUGCCAGUACAGAUCUGACUUCAUCAACAUAGGAGGUUUUGACAUCGACAUUAAAGGAUGGGGUGGAGAAGAUGUUCACCUCUAUAGAAAGUACCUCCACAGCAAUCUUCUGGUGGUUCGAGCCCCAUCUCGUGGCUUGUUCCACUUGUGGCAUGAGAAGCACUGUGCUGAUGAGCUCCCUCCAGACCAGUACCGCAUGUGCAUGCAGUCCAAGGCCAUGAACGAGGCUUCUCACGGCCAGUUGGGGAUGCUCUUCUUCAGACAUGAAAUUGAAGCCCAUCUCCGCAAACAGAAACACCAGCAAAACCUGAAAAAAACAUGAAGACUCAAAGCUAGUUUGGUUAAAAUGACUGCAAGGACUGCAGCUGGUUGCAGAGCAAGGGAAUCCAGCCUGUCUGAACUGAAAAACUGCUUAAUUUGCCUUCCCAAUUAAGGCAGAGCCAUAUGUGAGUUGUCUCUCCACUGUCUGGGGCAGAUGGGUGGCUUUUUGCAAAGGUAGGAAACAAAGGAAAAGACCUAAUGUGUCUCUAUCUUAAUAUAAUGAAAAAGUCUACCUAACAUGGUAUAUCUCUAACCCACAUGAGGUCUGGUUUAGUUUUUGUUGCCUUAGUUCCCAGUUUUAUGCUAAGCUACGCUAACUGUCCUCUGACUGUAGCUUAAUUUUAAGCAUACAGAUAUAAAAGUAUUGUUAGUCUUCUUGUCUAAGUCUCAGCUAUAAAAACAAUUUGUAGUUUCUAAGGUGUUAAACUACUCAUAUAGUGAAAAAAGUGAAACAUUUUCAUUUUUAAGGAAGCAAAUAAAUUACAGCUCCCUGAAGCAUGGGUUCACACAAUUGCUGUGGAUCUUAUUCAGCAAAUGUCCCUAUAAUUAUGGUCCAUUCAAGGCAUUUCUAAUUAAAAAUAUGUAUCCCUUUUUAAACUUCACAACAUAUCUGAACCAAGUGCCUUAUGUGAAUAAAAUCUCCUGUAAGUGGCAGAUGAAAACUGAACCACCCUCAAGCUUUUAUAUGUAGGAGAACAGAGCCAUCUAGUGGACUAAAAAAGAACUGCAUGCUGGUGUUCCGUCAGUAAAGGAAUCUUUCAAAGACUUGGCUGUCUUGUAAAACUUUUUACAUAAAUUUUUAAUCAGCAGUCUUUAUUAAUUUAGUUGUGUUUAAUUGCUUUGUUCAACUUCCACAAGGUUUUGUUUUUAACCUUGUUCCCAAACAGUAUUAUGAGCAGGACAUUUCACCUCUACAGGACAAUGAAGGGAGAGUGGUGCUGUGUGGAAGAAAAAACAUGGCAUUAAUUAAAUUAUCUUGGAGGCUUUUAGGAUGUGUGUGUUUAUGCCUACACUGUCAAAAAAAAAGUUUAUUUUUACCUAACUUAAGAUAAAACAAAAACUAUGUAGACAACUCUGUGUUAGUUUAUUCUUCAUAACUGAUUUCUGAAUGGAUAAAAUUCAUUAAAAUAUUGACAUUGACGAUGACUUGAGAAGUCAGAACUAAAUCCUCUUUUUUUUUUGUUAUUAUUUAUGUCAAUAAAGUGUGACUCAUGUGAAAAGUAUACAGGCAAAAACAUUGUGCAAUAAUGAAGAAAACAAUGUGACAUGUGUUAUCAAGUAGCCACAAUUUUUAAGAAUAGUGUAAAUGACUAACCAAAAGUCAUUUUUAUGUCUUGAAAUCAUGCUCCUGCACUUCUUUAGUACUAAGGUUAAAUCAAAAUUAGCUGUUUUUGGUGGGUGAUAUUUAAAAGGCACUUAUUGACUUAUAUUUCUGAUGUAUGUGCUGAUAGCAUUACUGUAAACAUCAGAUGAAUUCUUUGUCAAGUUAUUUUUUCUAUUUCAUGUAAAUAAGUUAAAUAAACAUUUGUGAAUUGUAA